GGGGAGGCGGGAGCGGCGCGGCGGCCAUGAAGCGACGGAGCGGUCCUGCCGCGGAGCUGGGCUGCCUGCAGGCCUGGACCGCCGAGAACCGGGCCCUGGCAGAGCGCUGGCGGGAGGCGAGGAGAGCGGGGCCCGGUGCAGCGGCGGGGCGGCAGCAGCGGGGCGGCUUCGGGGAGCUGCUGCUGAGGAUGCGGGGGCUGCCAGCCACCCUCCCCACCUUGCCUCUGGAGCUUACCGUCCUCUACAACUCCCUGCUUUUUACAAUGGGAGCAUCCGACUCUGCCAUGGAAGGACAAGAGGCAAUACACCAGGGGCUCCUCAGGGUUCUGGAAGCCUGUGGGGCUGGUGGGCAGGAUCUUAGCAGUGAGGAGCUGUGGCAGAAGGUGCUGCAGGAGGUUACUGUGGCAGAGCUGCAGACAUCUCUGCAUCAACUGGGGGCCCUGCAAGCAGCGUGGUGGCUGUCCACUGGCCGCCUGGGAAGCAUCGCUAGCCUCCUCAGGCUCCUGAGCAACCCUGAGGACCUGGGAAAAGCUCACUGGAGCAAGGUGGAGAACGAACUCCUCUCACUGCUCAAGGCAUGGCGAGUACCUUCUGAGGUGGACUCCCUGCACCUUGUACAGAGCACCAGGGAAUUGAAAGAGAUCCUCUGCACUUCAGCAGCCUUCCUGCAAGGGCUGCAGGAGUUCGAGGCUGGGAACUUCCCCACUGCCUGCUCCCUCCUUCAGGAAGCUGCAGGAGGAUUCUGCUCCAAGAAGGUUCUGGCCCAGAUCUACACCUGCCUCAGCUGCUGUGCUCAGCGAAUGGGCAAGCCUCAGACAGCUCUUCGGCACCUGAAACAGGCCCUCCAGGUAGACUUCCACUGCCUUCCUGCCCUGUCCCACGUGGCAGCAGUGUACCACGAGCUGGGGGAGACCGAUGCGGAGCUGCAAGCCCUGGCUCUGCUCUAUGAGGCUCUGGAAAAAAACCCUCCAGCAGCUGCUUCCUCUAGCCCGUAUUUCCUAAUCCAAACAGAGCUGCUUGUCCACACACCAGUACUGGCUUCUCUCCUUCGCCAUAGUCACCUCUCUGAAGUGAAGUACCUCCUGGCACAGCGGUGUCUCCAGAAUGGGAGGGUGGCUGAUGCGGUGGAACAUUACCUGGAUUUUCUGGCUCUGCUUCAGGAGGGGCCGCAGCAGCAGGUGCCCCUAGAUGGUAGCUCAGCUGUUCCCAGGAUCCCUGAGGUGUUCUUGGAAGCAGCAUCUGCCUUGCAGCAGGCUGAGAGACAUCAGGAUGCCAUAACUGUGUGUGAGGAGGUCAUCAGCCGCACGACUAGCCUGAUCCCACGAGUGUUACUAUUGGAGGAGAGGCUGGAGCAGCCAGAAUGCCCAUCACCACAGGCAGGGCUGGCCGGUGGACCCCUGGCUCAGAAGAAGGAGAGCCUGUCCUGCCUUACCUGGAGAGCAGCUGGAUACCUGCACCAGGGGUGGGCGUGGGGAAAGCUGGGUGAGGUCAAGCAAGCUGUAACACAGUUCAGCAGAUGCCUCGAAGAGCUCUUGCGAGUCCAGCUUUAUGGGCCUGGUAUUGAACCAACAGAGAAUCUCCUGCCAGAAGUGGAGAUGCUUCAGAAGAUCAGGUUGCUCGCUCUCAUUGGGAGAGGUACGCAGUUCCUUGAGCUGGGGAAGCACAAGAAAGCCUUGCUAGAUUUCCAGCAUGGUUUGCAGGUUUCGCCAGGUGACCCAGCUGCUGCCUCCUACCUGGUGCAGGCCUUGUGGAACCUGGAUCGAAAGCAGGAGGCGGCUGCUCAGUGGCAGAAGCUCUCACAGAGGCCCCCUAAGGAGGACGGGCAGCAGGAAGGACAGGGAAGCUUCUCUUUCAGGCCUGUCCCUUUGUACCUGGAUUCGUGUCUGAAGCAGGCAAUGUUCCCACACAGUGAUGAUCUUGCCAGGAGCAUACAGAAUUACCUAGGGAGCACAACACAGGACCACCCAAGCUAACCCAGUCCGUCUUGCUGCACGGGGCUGGCACGAAGCCUUUCAGGACUCCUCCAAGACUCAGCGUUACUCUUGAAUGAAGCUGGAUUCCCAAAGG